UCCAUGUAUACAUUCUCACUAUGUGUACGGCGGGAGGCGAGUGCGCAGUGCGCGUCAUGUGCGGCAAUAGUUGCGGCAGCGAGCUGCGGUUGUGAGCGCUUUUGGAGAGGGCCGGCGCGCUGGGCACGAUGCACACGGACGUGGUGCUGCUCUUCAUGCUGGUGUGGAUGACCGGCGCGUCCGGGCAGACGCGCCCGAAGGGGCAAACGCUGCAGCGGUGCCGGAACGUCAGAUUGAAAAGAGAAAUGCCUCUGACGGGAGGAGCCCGUCGCUUUAGGAAUAGCAGUUCCACCAGCUCCAUUUUCAAGAGGAGUCCCGAUAUCACUAAAGUCUGGGGUCCGAAGUCAGAGCAGCUGCUGAAGAUAGACAACCACGACUUCACCAUGCGACCAGGAUUCGGAGGGCCCGCGGUCCCCGUCGGAGUGGACGUGCAGGUGGAGAGUCUGGACGCCAUCUCGGAGGUGGACAUGGACUUCACCAUGACGCUGUAUCUGAGGCACUACUGGAAGGACGAACGCCUGGCCUUCAAGAGCAACACCAACCUCAGCAUGACCUUCGACGGCCGCCUGGUGAAGAAGAUCUGGGUGCCCGACAUGUUCUUCGUCCACUCCAAGAAGUCCUUCACCCACGACACCACCACUGAAAACGUCAUGCUGCGGGUUUACCCGGACGGAAAAGUCCUCUACAGCCUCCGGGUGACGGUCACAUCCAUGUGCAGCAUGGACCUGAGCCGCUUUCCUCUCGACACGCAGACGUGCUCCUUGGAGAUAGAGAGCUACGCGUACACGGACGACGACCUGAUGCUGUACUGGAAGGAAGGGAACCGGUCGCUGAACACGGACGAGAAGAUUUCCCUCUCCCAGUUCCUCAUCCAGAAGUUCCACACCACCACCAGGCUGGCCUUCUACAGCAGCACGGGCUGGUACAACCGUCUGUACAUCACCUUCACGCUGCGGCGCCACGUCUUCUUCUUCCUGCUGCAGACCUACUUCCCCGCCACCCUGAUGGUCAUGCUGUCCUGGGUGUCCUUCUGGAUCGACCGCAGGGCCGUCCCCGCCAGGGUGCCGCUGGGUAUCACCACGGUGCUCACCAUGUCCACCAUCAUCACCGGAGUCAACGCCUCCAUGCCCAGGGUGUCCUACAUCAAGGCCGUGGACAUUUACCUGUGGGUCAGCUUCGUCUUCGUCUUCCUGUCGGUGAUCGAGUACGCUGCCGUCAACUACCUGUCCACUCUGCAAGAGCGCAAGGAGAGGCUCCUCCGAGAGAGGCUGCCGUGCACCUGCGGCCUGGCCCAUCCCGGCAUGAUGUCCGCCAGCUACAGUGAGGUGGAGGCCAACACGACGGGGAACUACGGCCUGCCCGAGUCCAACGGGGUGAAGCGGGAGAGGAUGCUGGUGCAGCUGGCGAUGGAGAGCGACCAGGUCACCGGCCACGUCGGCUCCAGCGCCUACAGCAACGUGUGGAUCGACACGCACGUCAUAGACAAGUACUCCCGGGUCCUCUUCCCCGGGUCUUACGUCCUCUUCAACAUCAUCUACUGGUCCAUCUACUCGUGAUGCGGGACGCUCUCGCGCGGUAAACUCGCGGAACCGUGGGCUUUUUUUCGGUCUUCAAAUUCAAAGAAGUAGAUGCUGUCGUCGCGGUGAAAAAACAGCGUGAGAUGUCGUCUGAUGGCCUUUGCGUACUUUGUGUACGCAGGUUAUUGACAAACUAUCAUCUUCUGUCAUUGAGAGAUAACGUUCCUGUCGUCAAUUAAUACCUAAAAUGAUGAAGGCAGCGCAAAAAAAGUGCUUCAGUUUUACCUCUUUUCUUAAGAUCCUAUUUAAAUUUUUUCCUUUUCCUAAAAGAAGAAAAACACGGACGCGGAGCACGAGAGAGGAAUUGGAUUAUUCUGACCACAGGCUGAGCCGGUGUAGCAGAGGACGUCUGCUGGUGCUAUCGGUGGAGACGCUUGUUUGAGGGAGGACUUUGGUAACCGUGCCCAGUCAUUGUUAAAUGUGAACGUUAAUAUUAAGAAACAGAAUCAUGGGUAAGUGUGCAUGGAAACAGCAGCUGUUUGAAUUGUAAAUUAUGUUGGUUUUUUUUAGCUAAAUCUUCAGGGUUCCAUUGUUAUAUGUCAUUCUUUGUUAUAUGUCAUUGUUUUAUCACUUGACCUGCUCCUCCUAUGCUUGAACGUACACUUUGUCGUAGUCACGGACAAUCUCACUUUUUUCUACUUUUAUCUCCAUCUCUCAUUAAUGUUCUCCUCAACAUGUUAAAUCAUGUAGUUUGCAAGUUGUACAGAAUUCUGGAUUAAAAUACCUUUUUAUUAAGA